AUGUUACUUACGAUAAUUUUAUUGAUUAUUUUAACAGCUUCAGUUUUUAUCACUUGUAAAGGUUCAAGAAAUGCGAAACCGUCGAAAAGUGAGGAUUCUGUUAGGUGAGUAUUAAAAAUAAAAUAAAAAACUAUCUUUGUUGCUAAAUUUAAAAAUUCAAAAAUUGCUCACAAUGAGGAUAACUACGACACUCCGUGUUUACAUCCGUUUUUGGCGCGAAAACUUUGAAAUUUGAAUAUUCGAAAUAUUUUUAGGGUCGACAUGGAUAAAAACAGUAGUCAUAUCGAAAAAGAUGAGCAUGCGAAUUCCUGGUUGAUUUCUGAAAAUCUCGAAAAAACUGCAGAACCACUCUCACCUAUCGCUCAUUCAAAAUCGGUUCAAAAUUCACCGCCUGAAUUAGAAUUAGCUCAAACACAAGAAGAUGAUACAAUUGGAGGAGGAAAAACAUUGAAACGUUUGACAAAAUCAAAAAGAAGUAAUCGAUCUAGAAAAGCGAAAAAUGAGAAAAAGCGGAAAAAUGAAAAUGGAAUAAGUUUGGAUGGAACACAGGAAAUUGUUGAAAAUUGUGAGAUAAAUGAGGAUGAUGAUGAUACAUUUCAAGAUGCGCCAUCUUUGAAAAUGAAUAAAAGUGGAUUGAGUUUGGAUUUGGGAUCAGAAAAAGAAAUGGAAAAAGCAAAAGAAGGAAAGGGAACGAAGGUGAAGAAAUCAGUGAGAGCGAAAAAAUUGGACAAAAAAUGAAUAAAUGUUUUUGGUUUUUUUUAAGGUAUUUGAAUCGAUGAUACGAUCCAAUUUUAAAAAUGUUCACUUCCGAAAAAAUUCAGUUUUUCAUUAUCCAAUUAAAAAGCGUUGCGUGACCUGGAAAAAAUUCCCCAUAAAUAUUUCCGAAUUGAGAAAAAAAAUUCAGUUUGGAAAAUAAAUUAGGAAAAUCAGAUUGUACAAACAUAUUUAACAAUGAGGUGAGUUUUAGAGAAUUGGUUUUUUAGAUAAAAAAUUUGGGCAAUUUCAUUAUCCUAAACUUUCCAAAAAACAAUCCAUACAAUUUUUUAAGUUCAACCGAAAAGAAUACGCAAUAUUUGGCAGUUUCCGUCAAAGAAAAUCGUGCCAAACCGCCAUCAAAAUUUGUAAAAUAUGCAACAAUGGUUAGUAUUCCAGCUGGUGUUGCUCUUAUAAUGGGAAUUUUUAUGUUUCUUCUUGUUGUAACCGAACCUGAACCUGCGAAAAUUCCACCAUCACCACCAACUCCACCAAAAAUAACAACAAAAUCACUGCCAAUAACAACAGGAUCUACAGAAUCAGUAACUGUUACAACAGUUCAAAAAACAACAACAACAGGGAAAUUGACAACUGAAGCAACUACUGUAGAAUCUACAACUGCGAAACCAGCAACUACAGUAUCUACUACAGAAUUGACAACUCAAACAUCAAUUGAAACAACAGUUUCAGGUCCAUCUACCACUAUAGCUCCUAUUUUGCUUCAGCCUGCAUAG